AUGAGCAUACAGUUUAACGCCCGUAAAGCUCUUGAAGUCCUUGCUGACAACGAGAGCGAGGGCUCCACCCGUGAAAAACUCAAAAUUCUCAACCAGCUCUCCACCAUCAACAAUGUUAAUAUUAUUCCCAUCGAAGUCAUUCAACUCAUUGUCGAAAUUUUAGGAAGUACCGAAAACCGAAUGAUCAUCAACUCAAUUCUCUCCGCCAUACAACAUUUGGCUCAAUUCGAUCGAACUCGAAUUGUUUUGGGAGAAAACACGGAUUGUAUCAAAUUACUCGUUCCACACAUGUCUCAAUUUAAUUUUCCGAAUAUUCAAUCGAAUGCGUUGGAUGCCAUGGCAGAAUUGAUUAAAUCAAGUAAGAAAAAUCAAGAAACUUUGAUUGAAUAUGCUUCAGAGUUUUUCAAUCCAUUGAUGGGUAUCAUUCAGAGAGAGAAUGAUACUGUGACAAAAAAGGCAAUUGCCGUGUUGGAUACCUUGUUUGAAAAUCCACACUGCGUUCAUGUAAUUUUUGGAGAUAAUGAUCGAUUUGAAGAAUAUUUAGAGCCAUUGAUUAUUUGUCUUCAGAUGGAGAAUAAUCGUACAGUAUUGCAAUGGACAUUACAAACACUCGAAUCUGCAUGUCGCCAACAUCCCAUUCAUGCCAAACAUUUGGUCGAUAUUGGUGUCAUUGAUCCGCUCGUUCAAAUUGUUAUCGAUUCUGCCAAUUUCUCAUUUCCGACGAUUCGUUGUGUGGCCAUGCAAACCUUGGUUCAUUGUGUGAAAUUUUCAAAUGAAGCUGGACAAUGGGCAGGUGAAUCUGGAAUUGUGGCACCCUUGAUUGAUACCAUGUUUCAUACAUCGUUGGAGUUGAAUUCUAAACACAUUACUCAAUCGUAUGCACUUUCGAAUGAAACUAUUGCACUCCGAGAGGCUGCGUUUGAAUUAAUGAUGAAUUUAACCAAUUUCGUUCCAGGUAAAAGUCACACUCGAAUUUUAAACAAUUCGGCCUUGUUGGUACAAAAUGAUGUCGAUCAUACUUUGGAUGAACAAAAAGAAGAAAAGAAAAAAGAGAACGUUUUGGAUUCAUCCAUCAGCAAGUCACUCAACCCCUAUUAUGACGAAACUGAAGAAAAGAAACAAGAUACUGAUCUUUUAGAAGAAAACAAGAAACGAGUCAUUACUCAUACACAUGGUCUUGAUGUCUUGUUUGCGUACGUAGGUCAAGCAGAACCCUCUGAAAAGGCAGAACUUAAAGAAAAGAAACACACUCGAAAUGUCAGAAAGAUGGCAAUUAUGGUCAUUUCCAAUGUGUGCACAAUUGCUGAAAAUGGAAUUGCUGUCUUGUCAAGAGAACAAAAAUUGUUGAGCUUUGACCAUCCAAUGAAUAUUGUCGAUUUAUUGUUGGAUAUUAUUAUCAAUAAGAAAGAUAAGGACUCUACGGCUGAGUCAAAGAGAAGAGCAACCGAAGUUUCCAAAAUUGACAAGAUGGAUCUCAAGCAAUGUAUCAUUAAUGCAAUGGGUUCCUUCGCUCUCCAUGAAUCUUGUAUUCAAAAACUUGGUGAAAUGGGUGUCAUUCGUAAUUUAUUGAAAAUGAUUGAUGACAGAAACGAAGCGGCAGAAGUUGCCAAACUCCUCGCCAAAAUGUGUGAACACUCCAUUUUCCAAAAAGUGCUGUUCGAAGAAGCUGGUCUCCAACGUGUGAUCAAAUUAUUGGACUCUGUCGACGAUCCAGAAUAUCGUUUGGCUGGUCUCAAGAUGUGUAUGCCUCUUGCUUCGAAUCCAAACGGUUGUGUUGCCUUGUCUCGUGACGGAAUUGAUAAGAGAAUUCGAGAUAUUUCAAAGAGAGAAGUCGUUUUUGAAGACGUCCGUAAAUUGGCCAAACAGGUGCUAAAAGUUUUUAAGGAAAAUAACAAGUCCUCACUCCGUUCCACAAAGGGAGCUGUUGGAGCAUCGGAUGAAUCUGGAUUGCCCAUUCAAAACAUGAACAUCUUUAAAUUUAACUAUGAACAAGUGGCAAGAAUUGACCGAGAUUUCGUCGAAGUAUGUCAAAAGAAAGCUCGUGACUUGUUGAAACAACCAAAAUUCAGAUUACAAAUCAAUUGGCGUCAAAUUGAAAGAUUAGAAGAAAUGAACUAUUCGGAUGAAGCCAUUAGUUUGCUUGCUCGUGUCGAUCUCUAUGACGAAUUUUUGAUGGCCAUUGAGACUUUUAUCGACGCUGCUGAAAUGAAUAUUCACGUCUUCAAUUCACAAAUUCAAUUAGUGGUAUUGGAAGUGUUGCCACCUCAAGCUAAAAAAUCAGGAGAAGAAGAUGAAGCUCUUCCUUGUGAAUUAGAAAUGGGAGACUUGAUUAUGAAAUACAAACUCUCACCAGAUGGAAUUUUGUGGACUCCAAAACAAUUAGCUGGUUUGAUCAGUUAUGAAUUAUUGGGUUAUGACAUUAUUGAGACCAAUGACAUGUUAAUUGGAGAUGGAGAAUUGGAUCGUGACGAUCAAUACGAACUUGGUAUUGAACAACUUCGCAAGGUUUGCAAAGAUUCUCGUCUAGCUCUAUUGGGAGAUAUUAACAUUUUAUAUUUCCAUAUUGAAAUGACUGAUUUAUUGUGGAAAGCUGGUUUUGCCGAGUCUCAACAAAUUGUUGCCUCCCGUAGCGUCAUUUCCAAUGAAGAACUUUUCAUUAAGGGUUGGCGUAUUGCUAAAAUGAAUAAGGAUGGAAUGCUUCAAGAAAGAGUCCUCAUUUUGACCAAUUGUUCCUUCUACACGGUUUGUUUUGAUCCAAAAUCCAAAAAGAUUGAUUACAAACACACCAAACAUCACAACAUUGAGGAUUAUUUCCUAAUUGACAUUGGAAAAUUAGUGAAAUCUCGUCACGACAGCACUUCAUCCACUGUUCACUUGCAUGAAGAUGGAAGAAACAAGUACGCUCUCAAUUUAUUUACCAAUGAAAAGAAGACAUCAAAGAGUCAAACCAAACUUCAAGAAGAAGCUGACGAAUUGGAAAAAUUGAAACGUAUGAGUUCUGCCUAUUUUGCCGUUCCAAAUAUUUCAACCACUGGUGGCAGUGGAAAUAACAGUGAACAUGAAGAUGGCGAUCAUCAUUCAUCGUCACACACCGAUGAAGAUUCUGAUCUCAUGACUGAAACUUUGAAAAACGAAACUUCCUUCAUGAAAUCUCUCGAUCAAGAGGAUGCUUCUCAAGAUGCUGAACGACCAUCCACCAUUGGAAAGAGUUCAACCAUUUUAUUAUGUCCAGAUUCCAUUCCUAGAGCUAAACAAAAAUUCUAUCUUGAAGAAAUUGCUUGGUGCAUGAGAGCGGUUGCAAGUGCUGCCACUCGAACUGAAUGUCAUAAUAUUUAUAAUCGAGAUAUUGUGAAACCAAUUGAAGGAAAAUUAGCUCGUUUUUACAAUAUUACUGGUAUGGGUAAAAAGAAGGAUAAUUCAUUUAUUGCAAAACAUAUGGAAACCAAGAUGAGAAGAGAACAAGAAAAACAGGAGGAACGUGUUCGUCAAGCACAAGCAAAAGGAGCUAAGAAUGUGAAAGCUAAUAGUUCUUCUUUUAGUGAACAGAAAUAA